CACUGAGCAUGAGAUAUUCUUACAUGGAUCAGAUGACAUGAAUAGAUCCAUGUCAUCUAUGCGACGACCAUCUAUGUCUAAGGAGGUUGGGAGCGCGAGGUUGAAGAAAAAAAGUAGUGGUAUGGAAGAGAUGGUAGUUGAAGGGUUGAUGAGUGCUGCUUCUUUGAUUAGCACAGAGAUUAAGGAGGCAACAACUAUUUUUGCUCGUGGAAUUGGUGUUGACACCGCAGUACAUGAUAUAACGAAGAAGAUUUACGAAGACUUGCUAAUGUUGCCCGACUUUUCCAUGAGUGAGAGGCUCAAUGCCUCGAGUGUGUUAGUUCAUGACUCAGAUUAUACCGACUUAUUUUUUAGCCUUCCUGAGGUUGAGAAGGCAGAAUUAGUUAGAGGGAUAUUGAGGGGGGAUUUUUGACAGAUAUAUAGGAUGAUGUAUGGAAAAUGGAACAUAAUUUUUGGUUUUUUUUUUUUUGUUUUUUGUCUAUGAAACACUUGUGUUACUCUUAUUUAUUAAGCUUGAGUUUAAUUAUGUUUUCUAUGAAAAAGGUUAUUUGGUUAAUG